AGAAAUCUUCUCCUUCCGAUCACAAUGAAGUCCUCCCGACUCAGCAACUUGAGCAACGAGUAGGAAGUGAAAAAUAUUUUGGCGGUGACGAGACAGAGAGAGUAAAAUUUGUUUUCACUGAAUAUUGUACAAAGCAGACUAAAGAGGAACAAUGUGAACGUCAAGAGUAUGGGCAAAAUAUUAGUCUUAGCUCCUCUCUCACUUUACAGCACCCAUCAUACAUUCCAGAGACACCCCAUGCACAUAUAAAUUGUGUAGAAAAAUUCACUUUAAACAGUCAUCAUAGGUCACAUAAAGAGAAGAACCCAUAUGCGUCUGGAACGGGUUUCAGCAAGGAACAGUGGCUUAUUUUACCUCCAGAAAAUCCCCCAAUGGAAAAACUAUAUAAAUGUCUGAAGUGCGGAAAAACCUUCCCUCACAGAUGUAGGCUUACUGCCCAUGAAUUUAUGCACUCGGGGGAGAAGCCACAUAUAUGCCAGGUGUGUGGAAAAGGAUUCUGGCAGGUGGGUCAUCUCACAAGACAUCAACGAAUCCACACUGGGGAGAAACCAUAUAUGUGUCUAUGCUGCGGAAGGAAGUUCAAUGAAAGUUCAGGCCUUAAGAAACAUGUAAGGAGCCACACGGGGGAGAGGCCACAUAAAUGUACAGAGUGUGAUAAGAGCUUCAUUCGGAAAACUGCCUUAGUUUAUCAUAAAAGGAUCCACACAGGAGAAAAACCGUACACGUGCCCGGAGUGCGACAAGAGUUUCAGCCGGAACAGUAGUCUUAGGCUGCAUAAAAGAACUCACACCAAAGAGAGACCGUAUCAGUGUUUGGAGUGUGGAAAGACUUUCAAAUACAGCAGUCAUUUUAUUUGUCAUGAAAGGACUCACACAGGGGAGAAACCAUUCAAAUGCUCAGACUGUGGGAAGAGCUUUAGUCAGGAGAGUCACCUUUCACUACAUAAAACAAUCCACACGAGAGAAACCAUAGCUUAGGAGCUUUCAUCACAAGUGUCUUCUAAACACACCAGAAAUAAGUUGACUUUGCAGUAACAUUUGAAAGGUCGUCUCUCAUCGGAUCGAAAUGAAUCCACAUUGGAGAACUAUAAAAAUGCCUGAAGUGUGGAAACUGGUUAAACUAUGGCAUUGCCCUUAUUUCCCACAGAAAAGUCUAUGACUAUGGACAAACCUUCGGUAGCAGUACUAGUCAUUCUCCACCCACCCACCCAGCCCAAGAAAAUAUAUGUGUGUUAGUUUGGAUGAACUUCAUGGAUGUUAAACUUGCAAAUUGUAGGAAGAAGUGAUCCAUAUAGAGUACAUCAAGGAUUUAUCUUUUGUGUACUCCGAGAGCGUAUGUACCAAGACAAAUUUCUUGUGUGUCCAAUCACACUUGGCCAAUAAAAUUCUAUUCUAUUCUAUUCUAGAAGUUCCACUCGGGAGAAAAACUGCAUAAAAGAGUGGAACAUGGAGAGUAUUGGUGUUAUUUUGCCUAGGUCUCCAACAAGUUAUGAGCCCCUCUCCACAUUAUUAGACUAAUCUUGAAUAUUUUUCUUGAUAUAAUCUGGGACUGUUCUAUGAGAGGCUGAUGAGGAUUAUAUGGUUGGUCAGGGUUCAAGUGCCAUGAAAAUAGACUGGGGCUGAUGGGAGUGUUUAGCCUUGUAAAAAAAGCAACCAAGAAGGAUUUAAUAUCUCUGUCAAAGCAUUUGAUGCGAUGUCCCAGAGAUGAAAGGUUUGUCCUGCAGCGCAGAAUAAAUAUAGGAGAAUCAGGUUUAAUGUUACAAAAAUAUUAUGAUGGUGAUGAAACUCUCAAACACUCCAAUAACUACCUCGGCUGAUACCCCUCCCUUAAUAAAAAAAGGAAAACACUUCUUCC